AUGUUUGCCGAGAUAAUCCUGCAGCCAGUGGACUGGGCACCAUCUCGUCUAGACCCCGGCCCGAUCGAGCUUCCGAACGGCAAGAGGCGAUGGAGGCGGAAUCAAGUUGCCUGUGAUGCAUGUCACGCCCGGCGAGUGCGAUGCGAUAUGGUAUACUCAUCGCCAUGCUCUCGCUGUAAACACAAGAAUGUGGAAUGUGCGAUAACGCGUGAGCGAAGGAAGCGCGGGCGGAGGGGAAGAGCUGAACGAGCCAACGCGAAACGAAUACACGAGACCUUGGUGCACGAUACCCCAACAACCCAGGAAGAGGCGAGACAGAACGAAACAUGCUCCGACGAUGAAUCAUUGCCAGCCUCAUCCCCGAUAGAUAUGACUGUCACGGAUCCGGCCACAAGACCGAAUACGCCAGCAACCGAUAAUAUUGAGAUUGGGGAUAAUUCAGACUCGGAGAAGACUGGAACCUGUUCGAAUACAAGCAGCUCUCAAAUUCUGGAAGAAUUGGGCAUGGGUCUUACGGAGGACUGUUUACCAACCGCCCAUCUUUUCCAGGGCUUCCUCGACUUGAGCGCAGAAAAUGACAUCUCUCUCCCACCGCUACCAGAUAUUUUCGCUGCAGACGACAUUACUCUCCAUGCAGCGAGCGACUUACCUUCCGAGUCCUCGAUCCCCUCUCCGCAGACAGUGGAUCAUCUGCUUUCUCCAAAUGAUAAACCGAAACCAGUGUGUGAUGAUAGUAUAUAUGCGGCUGAACUUGAAACAGCUGACUUCUUGCUGGUGGAUUUACUGGAGACUGCCACGUACGGAGCUAAUAUGUCCAUGUCUUGCUUUCUGGCGACGAGGAUCGAAACUGAGUCAUUUUAUGGAGAAUUGUAUUGUUCGGGAUAG